CGGUGGCCGGUGAGGGAAGGACGGGGUGGUUCGGUUGCCUCUUUGUGAGGAGGCAGCGAUGGCCACCGGAGUGUCUGUUCUGGUUCUCCAUGAAGAAGCCACCUGCCCCAUUUGCCUGGACUAUUUCCAGGACCCCGUGCUCAUCCCGGAGUGCGGCCACAAUUUCUGCCGCAGCUGCUUGACCCGCAGCUGGGGGCAAUUGGACUCAGGGGCUUCCUGCCCCCACUGCAGACAGUCCUUUUGGCCCCGGAACAUCCUUGCAAACAGGCAGCUGUCACGGGUGUUGGAAGUCACCAAGCAAUGUGGCCCUUGGGGUGAGGAAGGAGGGAGCUUCUGCAGGAUGCACUGGGAGCCCCUCAAGCUCUUCUGUAAAAACCAUGAGACUCUCAUCUGCUGGGUCUGUGACCGAUCCCGAGAGCACAGGGACCACCGGGUGAUUCCUCUGGAGGAGGCUUUCCAGGAGUAUCAGAUCAAAGUUGGGGAUUGCCUGAAGGCUCAGAAGGAGGAGAAAAUAAAAAUUGUUACAUAUGGAAGAAACACAGAAGAAAAAACGAGGGAGAUGCUUGACCUAAUCAAGAGAGAGAGAGAAAACACAGUGGCUGAAUUCAGAAAACUACGAUGCUGGUUGGAAGAACAGGAGAAGCUUCUGCUGGCCAGAAUGGAAGAGACAGAGAAGGAGAUUGUGGCAAGAAGGGAUGAGUGUCUGGCCAAACAUGUGGAGGAACUUUCCUCUCUUGAUAAUCUCAUCCAGGAGAUGGAGAAGAAGCAGCAGCAGCCAGCAAGCAAACUCUUACAGGACAUUGGAAGCGUCUUGGAGAAGUAUCAGCCAAAAAAACCACUGGAGAAUCCGGUGGCUUUUCCUCUAGAACUGAAGUGGACAAUCUGGGAUUACAGAGAUAUCAGUGUGUUUCUGAAAGGCAUCAUAAAACAAUUCAGAGAUACUCUGGAAGUUGGACUUGAACUGCAGAAAGCAAAUGUAAUUCUGGAUCCAGACACAGCCCAUCCUGGCCUCGUCCUCUCCGAAGAUCGUAAAAGCAUCAGAGCAGUUGUUGAAGAUCAAUGCCUUCCCAAAAACCCUGAGAGAUUUGAAAAUUGGCUAUAUGUCCUUGGCUGUCAGGAGUUUUCAACAGGGAGACAUUUCUGGGAAGUCACUGUAGGAAAGAAGGAGGAAUGGUAUGUAGGGGUUGCCAAAAAGUUAGUGAACAGAAAAGAUUACAUCAAUCUUUGUCCUGAGGAAGGGAUCUGGGAGGUUGGGAAAUGGGCAAGGAAAUACAGGGCCAACAUUCCCCCAAAAUACCCCAAACUGCCUCUGACUAAGAAUCUGAAGAGGAUCCGAGUCUCUCUCAACUGUGAAGGGGGACAGGUGACCUUUUUUGAUGCCAAGACCGCAGCCCUGCUCUACAAGUUCUCAGAAGCUCCCUUGGCUGGAGAGACCCUUCUGCCCUCCUUCUCUCUGAACAAUGAUGACUGGCUGACGCUCUCUCCCUAAAAGUGGGGACAUACAUGGAGAAAACUCUGGAAAAAUCCGUAUUUGCCAAGCAGUGAUCUCUGAAAGCCUGUAGAGCAAAUUUGCACAGAAAUAAAUACUGCCCUGAAUGGAAAAUUGGCUGAGGGGAGGGAAUAUCUUUCCUCCUACCCAGAACCUAUGUCAAAACUCUGGCUCAUGAGGACCAGAGGGACCAGAUGGAUUAUCUGCAUCUUCUUAUAAAUGUUUUGAAGAUGAAGUGAUACAACCUUUGCAAAA